AUGUCGCGUUCCGAGCACGCGCUAGGCACGUGCCUGCCCCCGCGACCACCGCAAAUUCGGCUACUAAAGUGGUUCCGGUGGGUGCCGGUCUUGAGGACCAGAAGAACUUUGCGACGAGUCGGCGGGUGGGCCGGAGCAGGAGGUGUUGCAGGCGUCGGCCCCGGCAGCGUCGGCGGUAUCGGCGGUGCCGCUGGCGGACUCGGCGGUGUCGCGGGAAUUGCCGGACCGGGCGGUGUGGGGGGGGUUGGCGGCGGUGUGUAUGGAUGGAAGGGAAUCGGCGGUGGAGUGCUCGGCGGUGUCGGUGGCCUUGGUGGUGGUGUUGGUGGCGGAGUCGGGGGGAUCGGAGGAUUAGGCGGUGGCAGUGGGCUUGGCGGUGGUGGUGGGCUAGGCGGUGGCGUCGGUGGCGGUGGAAUUGGAGGUGGAGGUGGACUUGGUGGUGGAGGCGGUGGUGGGCUCGGCGGCGGCGGCGGCGGCGGAUCGGGGUGUAGGCUUCCUUGA